UAGUUGUGGUUGAGGUGUAGAACUUGGUUCAGCAGUUUGAGUAUCCUGAAAUAUCAACAAAAAAUAUAAGAAAAGAUACAUUCAGUAUGGAAUUUUAUUUAAGGCAGGUAUAUUAUGAAUCUUAAAAGUUUUUACAAACCAGCUGUGGAAACUCCUGGGACGUAAAAUCAUAAAUGGUGGCAGAGCCUACAACUUCAAUUAUCUUAUCUUCUAAUGUAGAGAGAGUUUCAGCAGCUGGACCUGUGGCAGUAAAGUGAUCCCUUAUUUUACGUGCUUUUGUUUUUACUUUGAGGCACCACAUUGACCACAUCUAAAACAAAAAAAAAACUUAUUAUUUGGACAGAUCCAAGAUUAUCCAAAAUUAUUCAAAAUGAGGACAUACAUGUUGCCAUCCUUUAACUGUUCUUCUACACCAAGCAAGUUUUAUUGUUCUGUGAUAUUUUCCUAAAACUUUGCUAUCAGCAGCCGUGAUGCCAACGAACGAAUUUUUAGCAUUUUAGGCUACUCGAAAAAGAUGAAAAGUUAUUUUAGUUGAAUGAUCGAAUCAACACAAAUGAGCAAAGCAAAAGAAAAAAAAUAUAUACCCACGCAAUAGCAAAAAGUGUAGGAAUAACAAGACAAAAAAGAUGGCAACACCCUCCGCCCUCUUCGUUGGUGUCGGGGAAUACCCUGUAUUUGUCCUAGCUAUAACGUAACCAAAUUUAUGAUGCAACCAAGAUAGAGUUUUCGCUUGGUUGUUGAUAACCAUUGUAAUUAUACGUAUUAUACUAAACGACUAAGUAGUUUGGGAAAACUUCAGUAAAUUUUAAUCACUUAUCCUGUGCGUGUUCAGUAAGUUCAUUUUUCGUUCGUUGUCUUAUUUUAAAGACAUUGUAUUGUUGUUGUGACAAAAAAUGGGAAAGCACGGAAAAUACGUGAAGCAUUAUCGUGACGAAUGGGAAAAAAUUCCAGCAUUUACAAGUAAGUACUAACAUUCUUACGAGAUGUUUUAUCUUUAUUUCUGACUAUUUUAAAUAUUAUUUAAAUGCAUUGUUUAUAUGUGAAAGUUUGUGAGGAUGAAUGGAUGGAGGCCACGGAGGGAUGUUUUUUGCUCCAUUAAUGAUUAAUUGAUUAAAUAACUCAUUUUAAAGCUAUAAAGUUCCUACGGGACCAGAUAAUAUAAUACUAUUCUACAGGAAAAAUGUUCUUGCGGUGAACGCGGACGAUACCUCUCUCUAGGAGAAGGGUUUAUUAAUAUGAUAAUAUUGAUAAUCUUCAACUAACCCACACUUUUAUUUUACAGAUUAGCUAACUCGAGCACCCGUGGAACUGACAGAUAGUGGAAAAGGUGAGGCAUAUUGUAAAUUAUGUGUUUCACCACUCCGUGCACACAAAACUGAUUUAGAAAAAAAAGCACAUGAAAAGUCAAACACAUAAAGACAAGGAAUUAAGAUUUGCAAAAACACAACCCAAACUUGCAUCAUUUGGCUACUCUUCAGUUAAAGACACUUCAACAAAAGAAAAAAUAAUGGACAUAAAAAUUUCUACAUAUAUCGCUGCUCAUAGCUCCAUCCGUAGCAUAGACCAUUUGACAGAAGUUUUAAAAACCUGUGGUAUAGGUAGUCCUCUUGAAAAUAUAAAAUUACACAGAACAAAGUGCUCUGCCGUUAUAAAGAAUGUCGUUGAACCAGCCAUGCUUAAAGAACUGUUAGAAGAAAUUGGUGGGCAAAGUUAUUCUAUAAUACUGGAUGAAUCCACUGAUGUUGCAACAGUACAUGGCGUAUUGCAUCCGACACUACAAUAAAAAACUAGAAAAAAUUGUUGUAGAUUUUUUAAGCUUUCAAGAAGUGUUCCAAGCAACAGCUGAUGACCUGUAUACAUCCUUUAAGAGAUUUUUAUCUGAUAUGGGCUUAAAUAUUCAGAAUCUCAUCGCCAUAGGAACAGAUGGAGCUAGUAAUCUUUGUGGCCCUUUUCACUCUUUUAAAAGCAGACCUACCCCAUUUGCAGUUGUUGAAGUGCGUGUGCCACUCCCUUAGUUUGUGUGCAUCCAAAGCGUGCACUGAAUUACCAUCUUGCCUGGAAUAUUUACUUAGGGAAACCCGAAAUUGGUUUGCUCACAGUCCUUUGCGAAUGAAAGUCUAUCAGAACUUAUUUGAAACUAUUAAUGAUGGCAAAAAGCCCUUGAAACUAACUCAAUUGUCUGCAACUAGAUGGUUGGCAUUUUAUGCAGCUGUUAAUACAAACAUCAAUCAGUGGCUUGAGCUAAAAACCCAUUAUAAUAUGAUUAAAUCGUCAGAAGAGAGAUGUUACACAGCAAGGGUAUAUUUAUUGUUUCUAUGUCCUAUACUAAAAGAAGUAACAAACGUGAAUGUUAUAUAAAAUAAAACUAGUUUUUUACAGGUUAAUGCACGAAACUUUA